AUGCAUGAACAAGAAUGUCGACAGGAUACAUACCCUUUGGGCAUGGAAAAUGGCAACAUCUCUGAUGAAAGGAUCACUUCCUCUUCAGAAAGAAUUAUCACUUAUCGCGCCUAUCAGGGUAGACUGCACUCCAAAAAAGGUGGAGCCGGAAAAGAUUCUUGGGUAGGUGGUAGAAAAGAUACCAGUCCAUGGCUCCAGGUUGAUUUAGGCAGUCAGUUUACCAGAGUAACUGGUGUAGCGACACAAGGAGGUAACAAGAGGGACUGGUGGGUCUCAGAAUACAAGCUGCUGCACAGCCUGGAUAACGAAGAGACAUCUUACUUUCAAUUCUAUGUGGAAGAAGGACAGAAUGUUAAGGUAAAAAUUAAUGUAUGGUAGAACUGGCAAGAAAAAAACUUGUUAUACAAUAUUGCUGAAAAUGAGUUGAAUAGCGACGUUGCGCGUUUUACCACCCACGAAAAAAACCUUGCAACCUUAUUUGUCUCAAGACAGGUUCGAACGAGGGUAGUAAAACCCGCAACAUCGCUAUUCAAUUCGUUUUUCAGCAGUGUUGCAAAACAAGUUUUCCUUUUUUGCUGCCCGUUUUACUGCAGCUUUACAUUAAUUAAUUGAGGCUCAAGUUAUUACUACAGCAACUGUUAAACUAGCUAGUAUAUAUUGUUAGGGGAAAAGUAAUUAAUAUAUAACUUUGCAGUUCUUUGAUGCCUAAAAACGAUAACUAACUAUUAUAUUACUAACUACUACUUUUAUUUCCAUUUUUUUGAAGCACCAUUCCCAAAAGGCUACUAUUAUUAAAUUUCACUUUCCAUGAUAACUUUUUCACUCUUCAUUUCUCUUGUAGUCAUUAAUAUAUAUUGUGAGUAACAGUACUGAAGAUAACUUGAUUAAUCAGUCAUAUUUAAUUGGUUCAGACAAAGCUUACAUAUUACAUUUCUUUUGUUCUUGCUCAGCAACACGCCAAGAACGACCCUUGCUAAGUUUCAACUGCAGUUUAUGUUUAAUAUUAUUGGGGAUUUAUUGCCCCGGGCCAGAAACUCAAGAGGCAUUAUUUUAGUCCCUGGUGGAUGUAUUUACAUAUCGAAUUCCCUGAUGGAUUUAACGCCCUCCUCGUUCUGCAUAAUUCUUCUUAUCAUACUCCAGAUACUCAGUCUCAUUCAAAUCUUUUUAAACUAUAUAGACAGGAAAAGGUUCGUUUAAAGACAUUGCUCAUUGUUUUCCUCAAUAGUUAUUUAGUCGUUGUGACACUAAGGACAGUAUGUUGACUGACUAUACUGCUAAUUAUAAAUCGUUGUCCGAUCAUAUUGCUGAUCCAUGCUGCUGUGGUUGGCCUUUUACUAUAAAAGAGUGCCAAUGUACUAAUCGCCGAUGGUGGUUCAUUAUGGUGCUAGUAGUGACCUCACACAAACCGUAGAAAGAGCGCCGAAUACUCAGUUAAGGGAGCUUAAGCAACGAUGUCGACGACGCAAAUUUCCCUUUCAUAAACUGUCGCUGCCAUUUUUAAGACACUUAGAAAAUUUUUGACCUGCCAUUGAGAGCGUUUCUAUUAAAAAGAAAGAGAAUCGCAACCCAGAGAGAACCCGGACCUUUCGUAUCCUAUUAGCUAAUCUCUCUCCCUAGCUACUACACUACGACACCGAUCUGUCAACAUUCCGAAAAAUUUAAGUACAUAAAUACCAAAAUUUCUUAAAUAACUGAUACAUCAAUAACAGGUGACCCUAGCCCUUUCCAAAACUUUUAACGUAAAUUCAACCUGGUUUUCAGCGUCGUUUUUUCUAACACUAUUCAAAAACGUAUUAUUCGCCUUCGUGUAACGUAAUCCAGGGAAUAUAUUACAUAUAUCAUGACUAAAGGCUUGGUUACCAAUGGGUUGCAUCGACCGUUAAAAAUGGCAACGACUGUUUGCGAAGGGGAAAUACGUGUCAGCGACAGCAGUAAAAACUUGAAAGGUUUUCGUUUUUCAAACUUUGUCAUCAUGAUCCCAACUCGCUUUCAAUGUCGGAUGUUGAAUUUCUCUGUAGCUAUAUUCUUGGUGGCUUCCCCAUUUUUAAUACGAGAAAGAAAAAUUCGCUGUGGUAUGUCAGUUCGAACUGGUACAGUAAAGGCAACGAACUUUUCCAAAUAGUGUGGUUCACGUGCAAAUUUGAGCCCAUUCCGUUGUUUGAACUUCUCGUUGCUGUCACCGUCAUAGUUGUUUAAAGCUCCGAGGUAUGACUGCAAGUAUAUUUUGGUGUUAUAAAACCCUUGUCUUAAGCCAGUCUAUCCUUAAUUUGCAGAUAUUUGAUGGGAACAGUGACAGUAACACUGUUGUUCGUCAUAACCUGACCAAAGUUAUUACGGCCCGUUACAUUCGCUUUCAACCGACCGUUUGGCACGUACUAGCAUCAAUGAGAGUUGAGCUAUAUGGCUGUUUUGGUAAUGUAUCUGAAUAA